AUGGCGGGAGCUGCCACGAAAGCUUUCCGAGAAGGGGAUACGCAGAAGCUGAGAGAGGUCCUCUCGUCCAGCGACGACAUCUCCUUCCUCUCCAACAGCCCCGAGCCUCUUGCGUGCCUGGCCGCUCGACAAGGAGCCAUCGACAUGCUGGAUGUGAUCCUAGGAGUGGACCCAUGGAGCGCCAUCGCCAUGGACGCAAGCUUUCGCACGCCCCUGCAUCAUGCGUGCAUGCACGGCCAUAGGGAGGCGGCGCGGAUGCUGCUGGAGCGGAAGCCGGCGAGGGUGGCAUGCGGCAUCAUGAUGAAGCAGCAGGACGACUUCAAGAUGACGCCGAUCACAUGUGCCAUCCUCUCAGGCAGGGAGGAGGUGGUGGAGGACAUGCUGGAGGCUGGCUCCUUCUCGGGCGUCGACCUCCCCACCAAGGAUGGGCUGUUCCCUCUGCAGCUGGCAUGCAGCAAGGGCAUGCCGCGAGUGCUGUCGAGCCUCUGCUCGCAGCCGCAUGGGAAGGAUCUGGCGCAGAAGCUGGACAAGGAUGGGUUCUCCCUCCUCCACCGAGCUGUGAUGGAGGGCCACAACAACAUCGCCAAGAUGCUGCUGGAGGAGAAGCUCUGCCCUCCUGCCCUCCUCGACGCCUCGGGCACCUCCGCCAUGGAGCUCGCGGUCAGCCUGGGGCACGUGGAUGCUGCCUGGAUGAUGCACAGCUUCGUGCCGCUAGAGGUGGCGCGGGAGAGCAUGAGAGACCUGCUGCAGCGCAAGAUCGAAGAGGAGACGAGGAGUAUGUUUGGGUGUGAAGUGGCCUCUUUCGAAGUGAGCGCGUACCAGGAGGGGGAGCUGGUGGAGGAGGUCUGCACGGGGGUGAAGGAAGGGGAGGUUUGGAUGGCAGUGCUGAACAUAUUCCCGCACGGGCAGGACAGUCUGAUGCAGAUCGAUGUGAGUGUGGAGGAGGAGGAGUAUCUCCUAGUGGUAGCGCGGACUUACCGCGGGUGA